GCAGUCACACAGCCACUCUCCCGCCACACUCGGACGGAGCGGAGUGGAGGAGAGCGGAGCCCAGCAACACACGGCAGCAGCCACCCUCCGGCACAACGCCCACGGCCCGCCGCAGCCCCGUCCGCGCCGCCGAGGAGAUCCGCCCUGCGGGAAGCUCUCGGCUUACCUCGGCUCCCCUCGCCGCCCGGCAGCCCGACGCCGCCGCCUCAUCACCCACAAGCCGCUGACCGCUGCAGGAUGGUCCCCAACACCUUCGCCCCGUUCGCCUUAGCCCUGCUGCUCGCUCUCCUCAGCCCGGAGGCUCAGGGCCAGGAGUGCAGCGGGCAAUGCCAGUGCGGAGCCAGUCCCACCUGCCCCGCCGGCGUCUCCCUGGUGCUCGACGGCUGCGGCUGCUGCCGCGUGUGCGCCAAGCAGCUGGGCGAGCUCUGCACCGAGCGCGACCCCUGCGACCACCACAAGGGGCUCUUCUGCGAUUUCGGCUCCCCCGCCAACCGCAGAAUCGGCGUCUGCACCGCUCGGGACGGCGCCCCGUGCGUGUUCAGCGGCAUGGUGUACCGGAGCGGAGAGUCCUUCCAGAGCAGCUGCAAGUACCAGUGCACCUGCCUGGACGGCGCGGUGGGCUGCGUGCCCCUCUGCAGCAUGGACGUCCGCCUGCCCAGCCCCGACUGCCCCUACCCGCGCCGGGUGAAGCUCCCUGGAAAGUGCUGCGAGGAGUGGGUCUGCGAUGAGGCCAAAGAGCAGACUGCCGUGGGACCCGCACUUGCCGCUUAUAGACUGGAAGACACUUAUGGUCCAGACCCAACAAUGAUGCGUGCCAACUGCCUGGUACAGACCACAGAAUGGAGUGCUUGCUCCAAGACCUGUGGCAUGGGUAUCUCUACCAGGGUCACCAAUGAUAAUGCCUUCUGCAGACUGGAGAAACAGAGUAGACUCUGCAUGGUCAGACCUUGCGAAGCAGACCUGGAGGAGAACAUCAAGAAAGGCAAAAAGUGCAUUCGCACCCCCAAAAUCUCCAAGCCUGUCAAGUUUGAGCUGUCUGGCUGCACCAGCGUGAAGACCUACAGAGCUAAGUUCUGUGGUGUUUGCACUGACGGGCGCUGCUGCACACCCCACAGAACAGCCACCCUCCCCGUGGAGUUCAAGUGCCCCGAUGGGGAGAUCAUGAAAAGGAAAAUGAUGUUCAUCAAGACCUGCGCGUGCCACUACAACUGCCCUGGAGACAAUGACAUCUUUGAGUCUCUGUACUACAGAAAGAUGUAUGGAGACAUGGCAUAAAGCCAGAAGGAGACGUUAAGUGCAUUCUCAACUUGAACUGAUUUGCAUCUCAUUUUGUAAACAUGAUUCAAUAGCACAAGGUAUUUAAAUCAGUUUUUUUUUAAUUUCAACAAACUGCUCCAUGUGACUUAAGACAAUUUUUCUACUGACCCCAAAUGGUGAUUUGAAGAAGAACAUAAAACGGACAGUGGGACCACAGCAAGACACAGCUUCAGAACGUGUACCUGAGGUGGUGUGAUGGGGUUAAGGGAAACAGGCAGGAAAAGCAGAUUCAAGCAAAUGUUCCCUUAAUGUGGUACAGCAUGCUUCAUCUAGUAGUGCAAUUGAGAAGAGACCAUUAGCAUGUUUGCUGGUGCUGGCUUAGAGACAGCAACAGCUGGAAUGCAAACACCCAGCAAAGUGCUAAGCAGAAGGUGUUCUGUUAGUCAGGACAGUAAUGUUUCAGCUCUGACACUCUGAUUCAGAUGGCUUGGCCAACAAGAAUCAGAAUCAUGUCAAUUAGACUGGACAGCUUGUGGCAGUUAAUUUACCUGUAACAAGCUACUUUUUAUGAAUAUUGUAAAUACUGUGUGUAUAUAUAUUUGUACAGUUAUCUAAAUUAAUUUAAAGUUUUGUGCUUUUGUUUAAUGCUUUGAAAGUUCAAUGAUAGCCUUCUUUUUUGGAACAAGAUAGGUAAGAUUUAAAGCUUGUUUGACAAUGCAUUCAAAGCAUGAAAUAGAUACUCUAGUGGAAAUUGUUCAGAUAGGGCCAAAUGGUGAGUUGAAG